GCGGAGCGCACGCCGGGCCCGGCAUGGCGGAGCCGGAGGCCGCGCAGCCCGGGCGGCCCCCGCCGGGCUCGGGCACAGCCACGGGGGGAGGCGGGACGGCGGCGGCGGCGGCGGGAGGAGCCGGGUCCAGCGACCCAGCCCGGCCAGGGCUGAGCCAGCAGCAACGGGCGAGUCAGCGGAAAGCGCAGGUGCGGGGGUUCCCCCGCGGCAAGAAGCUGGAGAAGCUAGGGGUCUUCUCGGCCUGCAAGGCCAAUGACGCCUGCAAGUGCAACGGCUGGAAAAACCCCAACCCCCCCACCGCCCCCCGCAUGGACCUGCAGCAGCCGGUGACCAACCUGAGCGAGCCUUGCCGGAGCUGCAGCCACGCACUGGCGGACCACGUGUCCCACCUGGAAAACGUCUCAGAGGAGGAGAUCAACCGGCUGCUGGGCAUGGUGGUGGAUGUGGAAAACCUCUUCAUGUCAGUGCACAAGGAGGAGGACACGGACACCAAGCAGGUGUAUUUCUACCUGUUCAAGCUCCUGCGGAAAUGCAUCCUGCAGAUGAGCCAGCCAGUGGUCGAGGGGUCCUUGGGGAGCCCCCCCUUUGAGAAGCCAAACAUUGAGCAGGGAGUCCUGAACUUUGUCCAGUACAAGUUCAGCCACUUGCCACCCAAGGAACGGCAGACCAUGUAUGAGCUCUCCAAGAUGUUUCUGCUCUGCCUUAACUACUGGAAGCUGGAGACACCGUCCCAGUUCCGACAGCGCUCCCAGAACGACGAUGUGGCCACCUACAAGGUCAACUACACAAGGUGGCUGUGCUACUGCCACGUGCCGCAGAGCUGUGACAGCCUUCCUCGCUAUGAGACCACCCACGUCUUUGGGCGCAGCCUCCUGAAGUCCAUCUUCACCGUCACCCGUCGGCAGCUGCUGGAGAAGUUCCGGGUGGAAAAGGACAAGCUGGUGCCAGAGAAGCGAACACUGAUCCUCACCCAUUUCCCCAAGUUCCUGUCCAUGCUGGAGGAGGAGAUCUAUGGUGAGAACUCUCCCAUCUGGGAGGCCGAUUUCACAGUGCCGGCCACCGAGGGUGCCCAGCUGGUGUCUCGCCCAGCCACAGUCAGCACCGUCGCUGUGCCCACCACUCCACUCUUCAGCAAGAAGCUCAGCAACAGCAGCUCUGCUGCAAGCAUGGAUGCCAGCACCCCAGAGCCCCUGCCAGGGGAGAAGCGGAAGCUGCCCGAGAGCCUGACGCUGGAGGAUGCCAAACGUAUCCGUGUCAUGGGAGACAUCCCCAUGGAGCUGGUGAACGAGGUCAUGCUGACCAUCACGGACCCCGCUGCCAUGCUGGGCCCCGAGACCAGCCUGCUGUCGGCAAACGCGGCGCGGGACGAGACGGCACGGCUGGAGGAGCGACGCGGCAUCAUCGAGUUCCACGUCAUUGGCAACUCGCUCUCGCAGAAAUCCAACAAGAAGAUCCUGAUGUGGCUGGUGGGCUUGCAGAAUGUCUUCUCCCACCAGCUGCCCCGCAUGCCCAAGGAGUACAUCACUCGCCUCGUCUUCGACCCGAAGCACAAGACCCUGGCGCUGAUCAAGGACGGUCGUGUGAUCGGCGGGAUCUGCUUCCGCAUGUUCCCCACCCAGGGCUUCACAGAGAUUGUCUUCUGUGCUGUCACGUCCAACGAGCAAGUGAAGGGCUACGGGACGCACCUGAUGAACCACCUGAAGGAGUACCACAUCAAGCACAACAUCCUCUACUUCCUCACCUACGCGGAUGAGUACGCCAUUGGCUACUUCAAGAAGCAGGGCUUUUCCAAGGACAUCAAGGUCCCCAAGAGCCGCUACCUAGGUUACAUCAAGGAUUAUGAGGGAGCGACCCUGAUGGAGUGUGAGCUGAACCCCCGCAUCCCCUACACCGAGCUCUCCCACAUCAUCAAGAAGCAGAAGGAGAUCAUCAAGAAGCUGAUUGAGAGGAAGCAAGCACAGAUCCGCAAGGUCUACCCUGGCCUGACCUGCUUCAAGGAGGGUGUGCGUCAGAUCCCCAUCGAGAGCGUCCCAGGCAUCCGAGAGACGGGAUGGAAACCACUGGGGAAGGAGAAGGGAAAAGAGCUGAAGGAUCCGGACCAGCUCUACAACACCCUGAAGAACCUCCUGGCCCAGAUCAAGACCCACCCCAGCGCGUGGCCCUUCAUGGAGCCGGUGAAGAAGUCAGAGGCGCCGGACUACUACGAAAUCAUCCGCUUCCCCAUCGACCUGAAGACCAUGACUGAGCGCCUGAAGAACCGCUACUACGUCACCAAGAAGCUGUUCAUUGCUGACCUGCAGCGCAUCAUCACCAACUGCCGCGAGUACAACCCGCCUGACAGCGACUACUGCAAGUGUGCCAACACCCUGGAGAAGUUCUUCUACUUCAAGCUGAAGGAAGGGGGACUCAUUGACAAGUAGGGAGCUGGCCUGGAUCCACCUUGGCCACUCAGUCCCCCAGGAGGGACAGGGAUGCCCCUGGGAGCUGGCCCUGCUCCAGCGGCUGCUGGAGGGUUUCUUGCUGCUGAGCAGCCUAGGGGAGCUGGGUCUCUUCUCAGGGGGGCUGCAGGGAGAGGAGGGACCUGGUGCUUUUAUCCCUGAGUUCUCAGCUGCCUCUCUUUCAGGGAGGGGCUGGAGUUGCCACGUCAGGGUCUGCCCAGGACAGUGCUGAGUUCCUACCUCUCCCUGGGGGCCAGGAGCCUCCUGGCACUGGCGCUUCCCUCCUCCCCAGGGUUGUGUCUUCUGCCCUGGCUCUCUGCCCCAGGGAAGGGGCACAUAAGUGCUUUGGUUUUCUGCUUCUGUCCAGGUGUGGGCAGCCCCUGCCUCUCUUGAAUGUAUGUGGGGCUCAGCCCUGCCUGCCUGGGUUGCUCCUGGCCCAGGGUCCUGCUGUGAGGGGGAGCUCUGCCCUUGUGCCCCCCAGCUCCUGCUGCCUCUAUCAGCUCUUCCCUUCCCCUGGGGCAGGUCUGUACAGCACCCUCUGCCUGCUCCUGUUCCAACUCCUGGGGCAGAGGGUAGAGGGGGGUGCUUGGUGCUGCACUGGCCCCUGGAGAGCUGCUCUACACCCGGGUGGGGGUUAGCUCCUGCUUGCAGCCCCCCCCCUCCCUGCCCCCUCCUUGCUGGCUCUGUUCUCCCUGUGCCUCCUUGGCUUUUAGGAGGGGGAGCACAGACCCCAGCACUGACUUAUGCCCCCCCUUGCUUGGUUGCCUACUGCCUUGUGUCCCCCUCCCCGUGCUGUCAUCGCUCUGUGGGUGCUAGUGAUGCUCUGCCGCUCGCUGGGGUGGGACCAGCCCCCUCCACCCGUUCCACUUGACCGUUGUUUUGUUUGGGGUCUGUUGGGUUUUUUUUUAAAUAAAUGUCCCUGUGCAGACA